AUGAAGCCUGCUCUCAUUGGCCUCGGCAGUAUGGUUCUGCUAGCUUCGGCCACUCCGAUUCCUUCUGGUUCCCCUUCAUCCCUGGCACCAGGUAGCAAUGGCCUGACUCUGGAAAAGCGAACUGAGCUGGACCCCAUCAGCCUGGAUACCUUUCCCGGUGAUACGCUUGAGAAGCGGGCCGCCAACAGAAGGAUGAACAUACCAAAUCACGUCGGCACUGCGAUACAGAAUAUCGGUGCUGUUAUAGUCAAAGCCAUUGUUGAUGCCGCUGGCGAUCUUAUCUUCCAAAUUACCAAUAAUGGUGGAGGUCCUGCUAAGGUGUCACUUCGCGAGGUAGACAUGGGUUUGGACGCUGCAAAUUUGAACAUCGCCGCUCAUCAUACCAUUAACUAUGAUCCACUUGGCGCAAUCAACCCAGGCGACACGAUUUCAAUCAACUUCCAGACCUAA